CGGGCCAGCUCAAUGCACCCUUCAAUGGAUGCAACCCGUGGAACAACCGGUGAUAUCACCCCAUCACCUCACAAGUCAUCCAUGUCCGCUUCUCCCUCCAGAGCUUUAUUUUAUUUUUUAAGCCUUUUCAGCCCUCGACUUCAUCCCGGCCCCCCAAUCGCUACGACGCACCUUUCUCAAAUCUUGCUCGCGAUUGAAUGCCCAAUAUGAAUACGGUCAAGUCGUUCUGGGUGGGAAUGACCUCCCUCUGUAUCGCUGGCGGUGGCGCAUACUACUUCGCAAAGAAGACCAUCGACGCGGAUCGCAGGGCCAAGCUUGACGAACGACGCCGCAAGCAAGAGAUAAUUAGGGAAUUGCAGGACUCAGAAGGCAUUUCUGGCCCAGCGCGGACUGACCUGGCGGGCUCCCCAAGUCAAGAGUCGGGAGCCGACCCAGCACCAACACGCCAUGCCCCGACGACCGAGGGUCAAAGGUUGUCUGAAAAGAGCAAAUAUGAGAGCACACCAUUUAUAAGUCGCAAGGGAGAUCGAUUUUCUUGAUCCCCGGGCCUUGAGCCUUCACCCGAUACCGACAACCGGCACCGGAAACGAGUGCUAGCUGUGGGUGUGGAAGCACUACACCACGACGGCCAACGAGACCAGCCUAAAGGACUGCGAGUUUUGGGUCCAACGGGACGGCUCUCGGUCUUGCUCUCCGAAUGGCCGCCGAUACACAUAUUCUUGUACUAAUUCUACCAAUGCUUGUCACCUGAGGCGUGUGAUGGAUUAACGAAUGACACGUUUUACCACUUCGAUUGUAUAAAACCACCUAGGCGAGCCCUGUGCGAAGAAGAUGGCGUCCGGGGGCUUCUAUGUCAAUCCGGGGAAGGACGAGAUGCUUCUGGCGAGGUGUAUCCGGCCUCGGCACUCCUCGUAUAACGCGUGGGGUGCUGUCAAAAUUCCUGCCGAAUAUUCCACUAGAUAAUCAUUCAUAUAGAAGAAUCAUGCACAUCUUACAGUACCUUA